CAGAUCAAUGGUUUAUCCCAUUCAGAUUCGAACAUUUUAGAAUACAAAAGUUGUUUCUCGGUGUUAACGCCUCUUGUUACCCCUUAGCCAUUUUCUUUCUUCCUUUCACUAGUGUUCUAGGCUUCUAGCUGUACUAAUCAAUAAUUCCGAAUAAAAUAGAGUGAGAAAAUUAGCAAGUUGCCAUUGGUUGUCAAAUUACGUUAGGUCAAUCUAAACAUGUUAAGUGUUAAUCGGAAAGACGACCAAGGAAUUCCCCCUAGUUUCAUUUGUUUAUAACUGAAGGCUUUCAUAAUUAAAACACAAUCCUCCACCACUAGAAAGGAACAACAUGAAUAUGAAGUUCCAUAAGGAGUAUCUGGAUUUGGUUUUGGUCCCUUCUGGGUUGCUCAUCAUGUUCGUUUACCACCUCUUCCUGCUUUAUAAAUAUGUCAAUCAGCCUCACUCCACAGUCAUGGGAUUUGAGAACAAUGACAAGAGAAUUUGGGUUGAAAGAAUUAUGCAGGUUGACAAAAGAGAUGUUGGCACAGCACUAACUGUUCUUCAAUCCAACACUACAGCUGCUACAUUCUUGGCCUCAGUUUGUUUGACUCUUUGUUCCCUAAUUGGAGCAUGGAUUGCCAACAGUUCCAACAUAUUCUUCCAGAGCCAACUGAUCUAUGGUGACACAAGACCAAUAGCCAUUUCCAUCAAGUACAUUUGCCUUCUAACAUGCUUCCUGCUUGCAUUCUCGUGCUUUGUCCAAUCAGCAAGGCACUUUGUUCAUGCAAACUAUUUGAUAAGCACCCCAGAUAGUUUUGUCCCUGUGAGUAGUGUGGAACUGGCAGUCAUAAGAGGAGGUGAUUUCUGGUCACUUGGUCUUCGAGCCCUCUAUUUUGCCCUUGAUUUGCUGCUUUGGUUUUUUGGGCCAAUUCCCAUGUUUAUUUGCUCACUGGCUAUGGUCAUGGUCCUCAGUUAUCUUGACUCUAAUUCAAGGCCAUUGCAUACUAUGGGAAGCCAGUUUCAUAUGCCAAAGAGAGGCUUUAACUUGUGAAGGAAUAACUAAAGCAAUGGUUUAUAAUGCAGCACAAAUUCAGAUAUAUGUAUCAAACCAAUUUUAUCUUCACGAUGAAUUAAACAUAAUACUUGCUUUUGUCAAAGGGAAAACAAGAGAUUGAGAUUACGUUAGAGUUGUGCAAUCAUUGGACAUAAAUACUUAGAAUAAU